CGCCUCGCAGUCCGCUGGCCCUGUCUUGACCAGCACCAAGCACACUUGCCGCCACCCCUUGACCCAGAGAGUCCCAGAGAAACCUACUUCGCUGCCCCACUCCACGCGGCUGCACGCGCAGGCCACGAUAACUUGGUCGAGUACAUUCUCGACCGCUGCGAUAGUGUCAACCUCAUUAUCGACGCAGAGGCCCAGCUUCUUUGCCUGUGUCCAUCGCCCUGCAUUAAUGCUUUCCGUACUACCCCUCUGCACGUGGCGCUUUCCCACGGCCAUCAUUCGACAGCAAAGAUCCUAAUGCUCCGCGGAGCCAUUUGGGAUCGCCCUUUUGAGUUCUCUCAGGGCGUCACAGGCCUUCACAUCAUGGCUGCAACUGGCGCUGCAGACCUUGUCGACUGGAUUGCAGACUCGCCUAGCUCUGUACUUAGAAGGAAUGGACCUCUACAUGACUGGCCUGACAUUGACGGUUUCUAUAGUCUGCAUUACGCCUGUCUGUCACUAGGAGUAGCUAAUAAAGCUCACAGCAGCCAGCUAUUUAGCAUAGAAUCCUUGCGCCUUAUGUCCUCCCUGACUUGUCUUAGUACCAUUAUUAAUACUAAAGACAAGAAAAAGGCUGCACACCGGCUUAUGAUAGAGACCUGUCGCCUUAGUUCUCUAGUUAACUGCUGGUGGGUAGAUCCCAAUAGGAGAGAAUCAGAAUAG